ACUAGGGGUCGGCGUUGCCGACUUUUUACCUUGCGGAGCUCUUUCGCUUAAUUUGACUUGCCCACAAUAUCAACAGGGCCAAAUAUCUUUGAUUACUCGCCAUUCAGACGCACAACAUUCUGAGCAUGAUACAAAAGGCUGUAAACUUUCAUAUGGGUCCAUAUUCACCUUCAUUAAAACGUCUCUCGGUAUCUUCUACCAGUUCUCGCAUUCUUUCGUCUUCUAUACGAAGAUCUUCCAAAGGGUGUCGAAGGGGUCUACGAUGCAGCUUAGCGUGUUCGAAUUGCUGAAGACUUCCAACGCCGAAUGUGCUUUUAUAUUUAUCGAACACCAAUCUCGCGGCACUCCCCAUAUCUUCAUUCAGACUGCGACCGCUGUCCAAGAAGCCUUUGAGUCUAGCGGGUCUCGAAUGAUUUAUACAGACUCUCCUACCAUCCUUGCAGAUCAAGUGUUAUGUGCAGAUCCAGCAGAGUUUAAUCGAAUCGCUCAGAAAAUGGCACGCGACUUAGAUACUACAGUGGUGUAUGCAGAUACACUUCUGUUAGCAGAACGGUUGAGAGAUGCUGCUCUCAAAAUUCCUCGAGUGGUCAGUUAAGAAAUUGGUGCUUGGGCUGUUUGUCUGACAAUUAACUUACGGACUUUCUGUGUUCUCUUUUGCCGCAUUUUUGAUAAUGGUUAUGUCGUUCGUUCGUCGUAUUGUCCGCUGUGAAUGAAGUCCAUGACACCUGUUGUGAUGAGAUAAUCUGAAAAUGAUGGCAAGCAGCUACAUUUGUAGAAUCGCAGGUCAGACGAUCAAUUGGAGUCGUGGUUCAUAUUCAGGCGAGUAGUCUUUGUCACUAUGCAUUUUUUCAUAUCUUGGACAGGUUUCAGGUAUAAAUCAAUUUGGACGCAUUCGCGCUCUCGUAUGCUCUGGAUAUUGG